AGAGCACUUCGUUAUCCCGUCGGAAGCUUACGACCUAUUUGCCGAUUCUGUAUCAAGGGGCCGUGGACUGGAACAACAUAUGGUCCAAGAUUAUCCCGAGGUCUAUCCAGAUCUAUAUCGGAAUUCAAGUUGAGAAUACAGAGACGAAUGACUCAGGUCUGGACCAAACUGGUCUCAGUUGGAGAAGAGCUUCCCACAACUCCCACGGCAUCUAGAAAGUCCGUCAGAUUUUUCUGUGACGCAUUAUCCCCCAACUCGCAGAAUCUCAUGGUUGGAACUACCGACAUCUCGCUGUCGGUCAGCAUGGCCGAGAAAGACAAGACUGAUUUGAGCACUCGCAAAACAACCUGUGGUACUCAGGGCAAUUGCUCUGGACGUUAUAUCCAUUGGGGUAUCCACGAACAUCUGAUAUAUCCAAAUACAUACUGCUUUCUGGGCCCAUUUCAUAAUAGGAAUGGCGUGGUGCGCCUCAAUGCUGAUUCCUAUUAGAAAAUCGUGGCAUAACUAGUUACUGCGGCUCAUAUCACGAUAAUUCAGCUAGAUGUCAACAGCUCAUCUGCCAAUUAAGUGGCGACUUUGAAUCUUAUUG